ACCCAAAGGAUUGAUUAUUCUCCUUUUUAGCACUCGUUCAAAAACAGUCUUACCUUAUUUGAAUUUGUCAAUGGAAGAUAAUCAAUGGCAAGACCCACUUCUCCUCACAGACGUUUCUUGCCAACAACACAGCUCUAACUCUCACUCCUACUCUCAAUACAACUGGCCACCAUUUCCCAGCGCACACACUUCGAAAAUGUCAGAUCCCGACAUAUGUCACGGUCGUUCCUUGUUGGGAUUUUCCCUUACAUCUCCUGAUUUGGUUAUCUGCGCUGGAUCCCCCGAUAUUCCCAACAUAAGCUAUGAAGAUUCUCCUCAGCUCUUGGAAAAUAAAUGUCAUCCUAUCAUAGGGUCUUCUGUAGAGCUAUCUCUAGAGAAUGGCAUCGAUGGGUCUGAAAUUGAAGAUACCCAAAGGACCCCAGCUGUAAAUUCCUCUUCGACAUUGUGCCAAACAGUUAAAGACAUCUCUCCUCAGACCUCCUUCGAGCUUCAUCCCCUGCCCACGACUGAAGACAUGUCAGCUAAAGACAGUCUUCCGGUUCUAAGCGUUAAAGCUGAUUCCGGAGAAGUUGAUUUGCUGAAAGGCAUGGCAAUGUCUCAAGUGGCAGAACAUGAAGCACCAAAAGAUAAUGGUAGCUUCAAUGUGGAAGGUGAUUAUCAAACUCUCCGAAGAGAAUUUGAGUCUCAGAAAAUUGAACUAGCAGAGACGAGGAGAAUGUUGGAGCAACUUGAGAGGGAGAACCAACUUAAGACUAGAGAAUGCCAAGAAGCUUGGAAUUCUUUAAAGGAGCUCCAAAAUGAGCUCAUGCGCAAGUCAAUGCAUGUUGGAUCUUUGGCUUUUGCCAUCGAGGGACAAGUGAAAGAGAAGAGCAAUUGGUUUUCUUCAUUGAGAGACUUGACAAGAAAACUUAAGAUCAUGAAAAUGGAACACAUAAAGCUAGCAGAGGAGGCAAGGACCUAUAAGAAUUGCCUUACAGAUAUGGAUGAAAUGAGGACUGCCAUUCACUCUGCAAUCAACCAGCAAGUUGAUUUACACAAGGGCCUUAAGAUUAAAUUUGUUGAAGGGGCCAAGGAACGAAAAGAACUUUACAACAAGGUGUUAGAGUUGAAAGGAAACAUAAGGGUCUUCUGCAGGUGUAGGCCUCUGAACAAGGAAGAAAUUGCAGCAGGAACUUCAAUGGCCAUUGAUUUUGAAUAUGCUAAAGAUGGUGAACUCACUGUAAGAUCAAAUGGCGCCCCUAGAAAGACCUUCAAGUUUGAUGCUGUAUUUGGCCCCCAAGCAACCCAAACCGACAUUUUUCAAGACACGGCUGCAUUUGCAACCUCAGUUCUAGAUGGCUACAAUGUCUGCAUAUUCGCUUUUGGGCAGACUGGAACAGGAAAAACUUUUACAAUGGAGGGUACAGAAGAAGCUCGAGGCGUAAAUUUUAGGACUCUCGAGGAACUUUUUCACAUAAUUACAGAGAGACAGAAACUAUUUCGUUAUGAUGUAUCUGUAAGUGUCUUGGAAGUCUAUAAUGAGCAAAUACGAGAUUUGCUAGUCUCAGGAGCUCAGCCUGGAGCAGCUUCAAAAAGGCUUGAGAUAAGGCAAGUGGGAGAGGGAAUAAAUCAUGUCCCGGGACUGGUUGAAGCACAUGUUAACAACAUGACUGAGGUCUGGGAAGUUUUACAGACUGGCAGUAAUGCAAGGGCAGUUGGCUCAACUAAUGCCAAUGAGCACAGCAGCCGAUCCCACUGCAUACACUGUGUGAUGGUGAAGGGGGAGAAUUUGUUGAAUGGGGAAUGUACAAAAAGCAAGUUAUGGUUGGUGGACCUGGCAGGAAGUGAGAGAGUUGCCAAGACAGAAGUGCAAGGUGAACGACUCAAGGAAACCCAAAAUAUUAAUAGAUCCCUUUCUGCACUUGGUGAUGUUAUAUCCGCUCUUGCGACAAAAAGUCCACACAUUCCUUUCAGGAACUCCAAGCUCACACACUUGCUUCAAGACUCUCUAGGAGGAGAUUCAAAGACCCUAAUGUUUGUACAGAUCAGUCCUAACGAAAAUGAUUUGGGUGAGACCCUUUGCUCACUGAACUUUGCGAGUAGAGUGAGAGGAAUAGAACUUGGUCCAGCAAAGAGGCAACUAGACACCAGCGAACUUCUGAAAUACAAAUACAUGGUAGAGAGAACCAAGCAAGAUGCGAAGAGUAAAGAUGUGCACAUCAAGAAGAUGGAGGAAACAAUUCAUGUAUUGGACUUGAAGAUAAAAGAAAGAGAUCUUAAAUCCAAAAACCUACAAGACAAGGUUAAAGAAUUGGAAUCGCAACUGCUGAUUGAAAGGAAGCUGGCACGCCAACAUGUAGACACAAAAAUAGCUGAGCAGCAACAACAAAUGAAACAUCAGGAAGAAGAGCAAAAUACAGCGCCAAUGAGGCUGCCACUUGCGAAUCGACCAUUAGGAAGUCACAAGAACCUAAAUGAAACAAUUAGUAGUACAAUGAGCAAAGACCAAGUAAAUCUCACACGACCACUUUCGGAGAACAACGUCUCGAAAUCCCAUAUGCCUCUUCAUCCGACAGAUGGCUUUAUCAAAUACAUGGAUCCUGCAGAGAAGGAAAACAACCCUGAGAAGUCUGAACAGCCCCUACUACCAAAAAGGACCGGAAGAGUCUCUAUUUGCACAAUGGAAAGAAGGAUUCCAGCACCUCCUGCUCCAAGACGCAGCUCAUUAAUCCCACUCCCAGCUGCACCAAGCUUAGCCACACUUCCAUUAUCAUUGCUGCCAUUCCCACCAUAUCAAGCUGAUAAGAAAGAAGACACAAACGCGUGUGAAGCUAACUGCUUGCCUGAGCAGACACCUUGUGACAGUCCCAAAAGAACGAAGAUUGGAGGUAAUAAGAAGCUAAGCAGCAUAUUGAGACGAAGCGUCCAAAGGAAAAUUCACAUCAGAAAAGGUGGUGUAAAUGUUGGGACGGAGAAGGUUAGGAUCUCCAUAGGAAGUCGGGGAAGGAUGAUGGCACAUAGAGCGUUGCUGGGCAAUAAUAAUACGAGAGCUGGAACUAAUAAGGAGUCGCAGCAGAAGCAGAUUCGAAAGGAAAAGGAGAGGGGAUGGAAUAUUGGAACUGUUGGGAGAACUGUUGUUUAAAAGCCCAUGAUGUCUUUUGAUUCCUAACUGUAAAUUUUUCUUGAAGAGAGACAGAAUUGUGUGGAUUUUAUUUUUUUUAGGAUGAAGCGAAUCAUCUCUCUGGAUUCUCUGUAUUCUUUUACUCUUAAAUGGCUUUGUUAACGUACA